ACUCAAACCAGCCUCCGUCCGAAAAUGUCUCUCUUCACUUCAUGGCUUCCUGCUCUUCUAAGGAUUCUUUCUCUUCUUGCUCUCUUACUUGUCUUCCCAAAGAGAAAAGUCACAAAGCUUCCACCAGGUCCUCCCCAGCUUCCCAUCAUUGGCAACCUCCACCAGCUCGGCAACUUAUCUCAUCGCUCAUUUUGGCAACUAUCCGAAAAAUACGGCCCGCUCAUGUAUCUAAAACUAGGUAGCGUACCCACCCUAGUUAUUUCCUCAGCCAAACUCGCCAGUGACGUGAUGAAAACACAGGAUCUCGACUUCUGCAAUAGGCCUCUCUUUGUUUCAUAUAAGAAACUCUCUUACAAUUUCUUAGACGUGGCUCGCACGCCCUACGGGGAGUACUAUAGGGACAUGCGGAAAAUUUUCAACAAUGAGCUUCUAAACGUAAAGAGAGUCCAGUCGUUCAGGUUCAUUAGGGAGGCAGAGGUUGCCCGCAUGAUCGCAUCAAUUUCCUGUUCUGCUUCAUCUUCGACACCCGUAAAUCUAACUGAGCUCAUGUUAGCUCUCACGAGCACCAUCAUCAGCAGAGCUGCUUUCGGUAAGAGUUACGAAGGAGGAGAUCAGAAGACCAACUUCCAUGGUAGUUUUGAGGAGACGCAGGCCUUGUUCGCAUCUUUCUUCUACGCCGAUUACAUCCCAUGGUUGGGGUGGAUCGACGUGGUCACCAGACAGCGGGCCCGGUUGGAGAAGUGUUUCCAGGACAUGGAUGUGUUCUAUGAGCAAGUAAUCGACGAGCACCUCAACCCCAAGAGGGUAAAACAGAAUCAAGAGGACCUUGUGGAUGUCUUGAUACGAGUCCAAAAGGAUCUCCAUCUGUCUAGAGACCACAUCAAGGCACUGCUCAUGAAUAUUUUUAUUGCCGGAACAGACACAGGUGCUGCAACAGUGGUGUGGGCCAUGACAGAACUCAUAAGGAAUCCAAGAGUGAUGAAGAAAGUGCGGGGCGAAAUUAGAAGGAUUAUUGGAAACAAAGGUAAAGUACAAGAAGAUGACCUACACCAACUUGACUAUUUCAAGUUAGUGGUGAAGGAGACAUUUAGAAUGCACCCAGCUGCCCCCACUCUUAUUCCACGAGAAACUACUCGGCAAUGUAGGCUUGAUGGAUAUGAUAUUGCCCCGAAAACAUUGGUAUUUAUCAAUGCAUUAGCCAUAGGACACGAACCUGAAUCAUGGAAAAAUUCAAGAGAGUUUUGGCCAGAGAGAUUCAUAGGUAACCCUAUUGAUUACAAAGGACAAGACUUCCAAUUCAUACCGUUCGGGGCAGGAUGGAGGAUCUGCCCGGGGAUGCAUUUUGGAGCUAUGACUGUGGAGAUUUCCCUAGCAAAUCUUCUCUAUUCUUUUAAUUGGGAACUGCCUUCCAGCAUGAACAGGGAAGACAUCAACAUGAGUGAACUACCUGGUAUUACUGUGCAUAAGAAAUUUCCUCUCCUCCUUAUGCCUAUCAAAUACAUGAAUUCAAUGAAUGGGAAAACAAAUGAAUAGAGGAUUUCUUCCUCUAAUAUCUAGUUAUAUGUAUCCUACAAUAAUGUGGAUAACAAUGAAUAGAGGACUUCUUCCUCUGAUAUAUAGUUAUCUCUAUCCUACAAUAAUGGGGAUUUGUUUGUUUGAUAUUGGAUUUAUGCAAA